AUGGCGGUGGUUAGGCGAGAGAGAAGGCGGAGGAAUGGUGGUGCUGGGUCUCGGGCGAUGGCGGUGAGCGGCGCUGCUUCCCGUCUUCGGCUCGGCCAACUUCCCUCCGGCGGCCUCCCUCCAUUCGGCUUUCUUUCAAUUUCCUUACUCUCUCUAUCUCCAUCUGCUUCAUUUAUGAUCCAUGGCCUCAAAAUCACUUCCGCUGCUACACUACGUAGUGGUUUUUGGUAUUCUUCUGGUUCCAAUAAUUCCAACAUUUCUUCUCCAGAUGAUGUUGACAUCAACUCUGGGUAUCCACUCCAAGAGUUGAUGAUUGUUGAGAACGCUGCUUCCAAGGGAGCAUUGUGCUUAGAUGGGACUCCACCAGCUUACCACCUUUCAGAACGUUUUGGACCUAGAAAAGGCAAUUCGAUGGUUUACUUUCUGGGAAGUGCGUGGUUCCCUAUUGUCUCAGAUUGUUUAGCUCGGAUGAAUGGACAUCUUGGGUCUUCAACAAAAUGGAAUAACACUAAAACCAUUCAAAGAUUCGAAGGCAUACUCUACAAUAGCUCCAAAUUCAAUCCGGACUUUCGCAGCUGGACUAAAGUGAUGGCCAGAUAUUGUGAUGGAUCAUCGUUCACGGGAGAUGUGGAUCCAAUCACUGGCCUUCAUUUUAGAGGUAAAAGGGUUUUCGAUGCCAUAGUUGACGACCUUCUAUUCUCCAAAGGAAUGAAGGACGCCAAGGAAGUUUUAUUCACUAGUGGUUUUGCGGGUGAAUUAGCGGUUAUAAUAUAUUAUGAUCGUUUUGCUAAUCACUUCCCAAAUACUACCAACGUAAAGUGUCUAUCCGAUGGCGGGUUUUUUCUCCUCUCCAACAAUCCUUUGCAAGCUUGA